UAGAGGAUUUAUUACGUUUAGUUGAAUUUAGAAGAUUCAUAUACACUUUAAAAUGUGUCGAGUAGUUCAGAUUUAGAAACAAAUUUAGCUUGACGGACAAAGUGUUGUCACAUCAUCAAGAUUUUGAUUCAAAAUGAGGCCUGUUGUGACAUAAUUUCUCUCAUCUACAACCUAUCAGCUGACUCAAGUCGGGACCGUAUAUUUAUAUACGAUUGUGCAUCCCCAUCAACUAUGGGAUCGAGAGGGAUACCCGGUGAUAAGAUUAACUUGCGAUUAAUAUUAGUAAGUGGGAAAUCUAAAGAGUUCCUGUUUACACCGAACGAGUCUGCAGCAGACAUAACAGAAUUGGUCUACAACAACUGGCCAACAGAUUGGGAAGAUGAAGCAUUACCACCAGCAAACAUAUUGAGAUUAAUAUAUCAAGGAAGAUUUUUACAUGGCAAUGUAACAUUAGGGGCUUUACAGCUACCUAUGGGCAAAACCACGGUGAUGCAUCUUGUGCCAAGAGAGAACUUACCAGAACCAAACAAUCAAGGGCAGUUAAAAAAGGACAAAAGUGGAGAGAGUAACUGUAGUAACUGCUGUGUGAUACUCUGAAGCACAGUGCUAUCAAUGGACGCUCUCAUACAGACAGUCAUGAUAGGACAUGGAUGUACACUGUUGUAAAUGAUGUCCCGUCAUUUAUUGUGUGGUCCAGAACAAUGUUGUCUCAUCAUUUGAAAAAAAAAAACCCAAAAAACCACAAAACAAAAUAAAUAAACAUUGUGUUCUUACAGGAUCUGAAAAAACAAAAACAAAAAUGAUAAGUAACUGCUUGACCAAGGACAGGAAAUGUGAUGGUGGAUGAGGUUCUCAUUUUGACAUAGCUAGUCUGUGAUAAAGGUUUAACAAAGCAAAGUAGUUCUUGUACCCUGUGCAUGUAAACAGUAGUCUUGGGCAUUUCAUCAUCUAUUAACCUUACUCUUCUUUAAUUUGAAAUGUCCAGGAAUAUUCUCAUGAAAGGAAAAUUGCUUUCCUGUAUUUAAGUACUGUCUGUUUGAAAAGAAAAUGUGUAGAUGGGAAAAUGAUUAUGCCUCCCUUUCCUAGGACAAACAUUUGCAUUAUUUAAAUCAUUCUGUAGUGAUUUCUUUGUCAAAUUUAUCACAUUGUCAUAAAUAGGUUUUGUUCUACUUCAGCGGGGUCUACUUGUGUUCCCAGCAGAUUUUGUUAAAAGGUAUAUUCAGCUUUUGCUUGUUAUUAUGUUGUUACAAUAUACAUUGAUAUGUCAUUUUUUAUGUAUAAACAAAGAGAAACUUGUUCUAUUACUAUUAUGUACUUAAAUGAUGUUUUUAUGUUACAUUUUUAAUUCUUUCUUGUCAGAUAAAUAUAUGUUUCAUCACAGAGGUUUUACUGACUGAAAAAAAAAACUUCUAAAAUGUGUUUAAUUUAAAGAAUGUAUGAACGAUUUUGAAUGAAGUUCUAAUGUAUAUUUCAAAAUGUUGUCUGUGAACCAUAUACCAGUAGUGCAUAAUAAUGCCAAGUCUACAUCAUUUUGAAGGCAUCAUGCAUAUGACGUGAAGAAAAGCUGAAGGCUUCAGUGUUGUGUUAAGUAAGACGAAUCUGCUGUAAACAUGUCUAUAUUAGCAGUCAAAAUAUAAUAAUGUAUCCAUUUCAACUGCUACUUUUUUAUUUAUUUUUUUGAAAAAUUGGAAACCUUUUUGGUUUUUUUUUUUCAAAUUUGAUUAAAAUUUUAACUUGAAUCCAAUGAUUUGAACAGCUGAUAAUCCUUAGUCUACCUGCUAAUCAUCUUUCAGUAAUUGUAAUUUUUGUAUAUUUUGUUUAAAAAAAAAAUUAAAGUAGAUUUUGUAAAAACCUGUCAUAAAUUUCAUUUUUUUCUUCCCAAUAUUAAACACUUUUUUUAGAUUUUCAGAAAAACAACAAAAAAAAACCCCCAUUUAUUUGCAUAUC